AAGUUCCACGCCUGUUCACCGGACCAGGGAGUUCUCCUUACACUUAUCCGUCAGUCUGUCAGGCAAAAUAAUUGUCUCGCAAGCAACUCAUUAGCUUCAACCGGCGAGCUGCCUCCUGAGUCUCCAAGACCCCACAACAACGCUUCCCAACAAAAACAUCCACUAUCUUCCGGCCCAAGCCGGCGACUUCCCCUCCACGCAACCCAGCAACGUUCGGACACACGGUCACUUAUAAGUGAAAAAAUAACAUACCAAUCACAAUGGCAACCCGCGAUCCAGGCGAUAUCGCCGCUGAUGCUCUCAAUGACUUCUUCGGCCAACUUUACACCUUCUGCGAGACUAUCUUUACCCGGUUCUUCGGAAACCUCUAUGCCUCCUUCGCUGAUGUGAGCAUCAACCGCUGGACAAAGGUUAUUUUGUCUGUGGUUGGCUACAUUCUCGUCCGGCCAUACAUCGAGCGCUUCUUCAAGUACAUGCACGACCGAGACCGCAAGAAGCAGAUGGAGAAGGAAAAGGCCAAGAAGGAUGCCAGGAAGGCUAAGGUGUCAGCUAAUGAGCUCCGUGGCGGUGGCGGCGGUGGCAGGGUUCUCGGAGAAGUGGAGAACACGGACGAUGAGAUUGAAGAUGGCGAGGACUUCGCGACGGCGAGCGGCGUGCCUGAGUGGGGAAAGAACGCCCGGAAGAGGCAGAAGAAGUACAUGAAGAACCUGGAGAAGGAGGCUGAGAGCCGGACACACAACCUCUCUGAAGAACAGCUUAUGGAGCUGCUGGAUUGGAGUGAGUCGGAGGAUGAGAAGAACGCCGGUAAGAAGGAGUAGGUUGAGUCUUCUUACCUCAUCUUGCUUUCUCUCCCUUGUAUUUGAUAAUAUGAUUUUGGAUGGGAAACAUAUAACUUGGGAGGUUGGGGCCUUUCUGAGGAUGUACGACCAACAAGUGUGUGGUUAUAAUAUUUGUAAUAAGAUAAAGCAUCAAGGUGGCGUUUCUGCGCUGCCUUUUAAUUUACGACGCCGAUACAUUGACUCCCAAGUGGCUUUAGACUUUGUAGCUGGCUAUGAUAGCUGAACAAUACCACACGUCUAGAUUUCCA